GUAAGUGAACGCCGAAAAUCAUCAAACACGACCAGAAGGUUCCAUUUUGCAGAGAGAGCACCAGCGUUGGAUGAGCUUUGGACUGUUGCCAGUUGCAACUCGCGUGCGCCCCUCAUGGUUGCAGCAUGCUAUUCCAAUGCAGCGAGCUUUUGUCCAUAGAUUUUCUUUUCCAACCGUUUUAGACCUGGUUACGCAGUAGCGUUAAACGACUUACACGACCAGGUAUCGCUUGUAACUCUUGACCUGAAUAUUUCACAUCUUGGAGCACCCAUUUAUUAGGCGUUAGAAAUGCCAACGCCGGAGCAGGUGUCGGAGAAAUUAAAGGCGCAGGGCAACGCUUGCUUCAAGGAGGAAAACUAUAGUGAGGCGGAGCACUAUUACACUCUAGCGAUCCAGCAGAACCCGUCCAACCCAAUCCUAUGGACAAACCGUGCGAAUGCAAGGCUGAAACUCGGACACUGGCAAGAUGUCAUAGACGACUGUCUCCGUAGUAUUGAACUUUCGAAGGAGAAUCUCAAAGGCUAUUACUUCCUUGCGCAAGCACAGUAUGAGCUACAGCAUCCGAAUGAAGCUCUUAUUUCGGCAAUGACGGCCUACGACAUCUGCGCGCGAGCAAAAACGCAAACAAGUAACGCAUUCUCAAUAGCACAGUUCGUGCUCAAGUGCAAGAAAGCGAAGUGGGAUCUUCGAGAGAAAGAGAGGCUUCGACGGCGAAACGGGCUACUUAAAGAACUUGAACUCAAGUUGGAAGCAGAUCAGCAGGCGGAACUGGAUGAUAUAGAAAGGCGACGUCAGGCUGGUGAGAUAGGCGAAGUAGGCGCGGCGGAGGAAAUCUCGGAAGUCAAGGAGAUGUAUCAGACGAAGAUCCAUGACUUGCGGACGGCAUUUGCUAACUCGGAUCCAAAUAACAUGGAGAAGCGUGAAAUUCCCGAGUAUCUUAUCGAUCCGAUCAGCUUUGAGAUCAUGCAUGAUCCGGUCAUAACGAAGACGGGACAAAGCUAUGAGCGCGCUACAAUCGUAGAGCAUCUCAAGAGGAAUCCGACGGAUCCCCUGAGCAGAGAACCGUUGCGCGUUGACGAACUAAGAACGAACGUCAACCUGAAGAAAGCUUGCGACGAGUUCUGGGAAGGCAGUCGAGGGUGGGCUUAUGAAUGGUGAUACCCUCAAUCUGAACAACAUUUACCCA